AUGUUAAGGUUGUUAAACAUUGAAUCUGAUGAUAGAAAAAUUGUGGGAAUCAAUGGUUUCGGAGGCAUUGGCAAGACAACAAUCGCCAAGGCCGUUUACAAUGCAAUCGUUCAUCACUUUGAAGGAUGUAGCUUUCUUGCAAACGUUCGGGAAACUGCUCAACAACAUAAUGGACUUACUUGUCUACAAAAUCAGCUUUGCCUUGAUAUUCUAAAACAAGAAAAUCCAGACAUUAUUAGAGUUGUUGAUGGACUUAAUGUUAUCAAAAAAAGAUUUCGCAAGAAAAAUGUUCUUAUUGUUAUUGAUGAUGUGGAUCAAAAUAUUCACCUGAAUGCAUUAGUUGGGGAUCGAGAAUGGUUUGGUAUUGGAAGUAGGGUAAUUGUCACGAGUAGAAAUAAGGCUAUUUUAGUUGCUCAAAAAGCAGAUGGCAUUUAUCAGCCCAAGAAAAUGAACCUACUUCAAUCUCUUCAACUUUUUAGCCUUCAUGCUUUUAGAAUGACUGAACCUCCUAUUUGGAACUGCCAAAAGAUGUAG